UUCAAGGAGAAGUGGUGGAAGCGAGAGGAUUGGAUAAAGACAGCAGAGAAGGAGCUCAGUGUAUAUUACGAUCGUUUCGCUGCAGUCACGGUGGCCACUGAGCACGUCAACCAAGGCGAGACCUCUUCUCCUUCUUCCUCACCGACGAUUGAUGACGAAUAUGAUGCUUGGGGCCAUACAACAGAUCGACCACGCCGUGGCAAGAGGAGGAAGGUGGAGACUGAGUGGGAAAUCUGGAUAAAGUAG